AUGUCUAUAGUUAUUCCCGGAGACCACUUUACGCUGGAAACAGGGACGGAAGUCGUUCUUGGGCCCAACUUGCAGACUACCGGCAACAUAGCCAACCCGACGACCGCAGGGUAUCUUGUGCAAACCCAGACCGGCUCAUCCUCGCUAGCCUACGUGGAGGCAGAUUCCAAAAGAUAUAUGCCUGCUGCGCAAGACUUCGUUGUUGGCACCAUUGUGGGCUCUUUCGGGGAGUCGUAUAAGGUCUCGCUCGCAAACUUCUCGACACCGGCCGUGCUGGGCUUUUACGCGUUCCCAAAUGCAAGUAAGAAAAAUAGGCCAAGACUAAAAACUGGAGACCUUGUUUAUGCACGCGUUGCGUCUGUCGACCCCGAUCUUGACGUGGAGCUCGAGUGUUUCGACGCAACAACAGGCAAAGAAGGUGGAUUUGGCCAUCUAGAAGGAGGUUUUCUAUUUGAGGUGCGGUUGGCUUACGCCAGAUAUUUACUCAGACACCAGGACGCUCCAACACCCUACAAAACACCAUCGAAUGUAUGA